AUGGCCGCACGACUCGCGUUCGGAAGUUCAUUGAAGGAAUUGCGUUUCCUUUUCUGUCAGACGGGGGAAGGGAGUGCUGCUGUUAGGUUUGUUGGAUCUUCUUCGAAACAGAUGAAUGGGUGGAAUGCGAGCUGAUGAGGAGGUGGGGUAGAGCGUUCGUACAGAAAUCGUACCCGCUUAUGAAGAAAAAUAAUCCUCAUACGCCGAUACUGAUUCGCGAGGCUUUGGGCACUCCUCCAAGGGUAUUCGCGAGAUACGGUGUGUAUCCCGACGAAACUGAGGAG